UUUGAGCUUUCCGUCUUCCCAGGAAGCCACAUUGAAUUAUCUUCCACAAAAACAGACGAAAACGAAAGUCCCGUGUUUCAUGCAUUCCUCACAACAUUCUUUCGCUUCUGUGACAUAAUUUAGGGAGCGGGUUGUUGUUUUUUUCGUGGUUUGGAGGUACGUGUGUUGUUAGUGAAAGGAACGUUACCGGGGUAGGACACACGUCGGGAGGAAACAUAUUGCGGUGGCACACGUUCAUUCUCCUCAUCAACAGCUUUUCCCUCCACAAUGAUGAACUAUUCCGAUUACGACUCUGACGGUUAUUCAUCUAAUGAAGACGUAGAUUACGUCCCAUCAGAUGACAACCUCAGUGAGGAUGACAUUAAUGAGUGUGAAAAAGAGGACCCUCUCCAUGAGGAUGAUGAUGUGCCACGUCCUGAUGACACCAGCAAGGCAAAGAGGAAGAAAAAAGCCAUCAGUAUGAGGAAGAGGAAGAAAGGUGUUCUGAAAUUACAGAAGGAAGAGGGGGAUGGAGUUGGAUCCGAAAUGGUGCAGCCUCCACAGGACGAGCUGGCAAAACCCACUCAGGCUGUGCAGCAGGUGGAUGAAACAAAACAGAAGAAAAAAGCUGAUGACCUCUGGGCCAGUUUCCUGUCUGAUGUUGGAACCAGACCCAAGCAGAUAACAGAUGUCCCACAGUCCACGCAAAGUUCCACGCAGCAGGCUAAAUCUGCUCCUUUGACCACACAAACAAAAGCACCAGAACCUGCCAAGGUCACCAUCACUAAAGUUUUCGACUUCGCUGGAGAAGAAGUUCGGGUGCAAAAGGAGGUAUUGGCAGACUCCAAAGAGGCUCAGACUUAUCUGAAGAGCCAAAACACCGAUCAGGAGGAGAAAGAAGAAGAAGAAGAAGAAGAAGGAGAAGAAGAAGAAGAGGAAGACGAACAGAAGAGCUCCCCUGGUCAGCCUGGCACCAGUGCUAAGCGGCCAGCGGGCAUGUCGAGCCUCCUGAAUCGUCUCGGGGGAAAGAAACAGAAGAUGAGCACGCUGGAGAAGUCGAAGAUGGACUGGGACGCUUUUAAGUCAGAGGAGGGCAUCACAGAGGAGCUGGCCAUACACAACAGAGGCAAAGAAGGGUAUGUGGAGCGGAAGAAUUUCUUGGAGCGAGUCGACCACCGCCAGUUUCAGUUAGAAAAGACAGUGCGACUGAACAACAUGAAACGAUGACAGAGACUGACAGCACACACACACACUGGAGCAGAUGCCUGUAUCUUCUGUUCUCUCUCUCUCUCUCUCUCUCUCUCUCUCUCUAAUGACAGUUUCUGUUCUCUUUGCAAAGGCAGCUCAGGCUGCUGCUGCUGUGGCUUGAGUCUAUUUCAGGAAAAGGAUAUUAAUAGGCUGAGUUUGUGUAAUAGUUGGGUGUUGAGUGUUCCGUUUCUCCAUCGUUUUGAGAACCAAUUAGAAUGUCUAAUCUUCACUCAUUCAGGGCAUUUUUGGAAAGUGAGGUCAUGCCUGUUCUACUUCCCCAAUUGGGUGAGUGACUGUACGACCAGGUCCAGAGGCAUCUUCUGUUUUGUUUUUGCUUUCUGUUUGUAAUUAUAAGAUCAUGGUCAUCAAUUUUGAUUGCUAAGAUAAAAAAAUACAAAUCUGACAGGACGAGAGCACAAGCACAGACGAGUCUUAUGUUGCAGUCACGUGUACGCGUUGCUCUAAUGCUCGACACUGGUACCACUCCCUCAACUCGACCAGCAGCAGAUCCAUAAUGUAGUCCAGCGGCAUAUGACGCAGCCGCAUUCAACGUGAAUGAGCUGCAUCUCAGAUGAAACCACCCGUGUUUGUGUAAGUACAGAAUUACAUUGCCUGCUCGCUCACGGUUGAGCUCUCAAUUCGGAUCCAUCCGUACUAAAAUGAGAGUCUGCAGCAGUUUGUACCUGAUCCCGCUUUCCAUUCCAGUAGGUGGAGAAAAUCAAUGACAUCGAUGAGAAAGAAAAUAUCUGGCAAUGCACCAGCAACUGUCAAUUUGCUGCAUGCGCCACCUAUUGGAGGUGGAGGGGAAGCGUCCACUGUGUGUGUGUAUUAUGGCCUUGCCAUACUUUGUGAAUUGCAUGUACGCUAACAGUUGCGCCAUCUUUGGUUCCAUUCCUACCAAAUCCAUGCAUCACACUUGCCAUGCCAGUAGGUGGCGGUGGUGGAGCGAUAACAUUAUUGGUCAACUACCAUUUGAAUCAAACUUGAAAGAUGCACAGUAUGAACGGCAUCAAACAAAGAAAAUAGCAACCACACACUUAUCAGUGUCAUAAACACUUGUAUUCUUCCAUCGCCGUUUGGCAAGCAAACUAAAAGCAUGCGCCAUCUGCUGGACUGGAAGGUUAUAUUAGGAUAUAUUGCACUGGGUGCAUCUUCAUUCAUUACAUCACAAAAACAUAACUGUGUGUGUGUGUGUGUAAUGACAUUUAUAGUAUGUUACACACACCCUGCAGACUAACAUACACUGGCUUGUCAAUUGGUUUGUCCAUUGGAAAUUGUGGUAUUUGUUUAAUAAUUGACAAAUAUGUUGCAGAAGAAGAGGACUACAGUUCUGUUCAGUUAUGUAAAUAAUCAUAUCCAUUAAACACGCUCUUUCUUUCA